AUGGCAACCAAACCAACAAGUAAACAAUUAUUAUCAAAUAAACAAGAAGAUAUAAAUGAUAAAUUAAAUGAAGAACAAUUAGAAAAUUUCACAGCUGAUUGUUUAAAGAAAUAUUGUAAAGAAAAUUCAAUCCCAUUGGCUACAAACAAAGCCAAUAUUAUUAAAAAUAUUAUUAAAUUUUUUGUAGAAAAUAAUAAUAAUAAUAAUAAUAAUAAUAAUAAUAAUAAUAAUAAUAAAACUAUAUCUCAAAAGCCAAUACCAACAAUAAUUGAACAACCACAACAACAACACCAAAUCAAAUCAAUUUUAAAGAAAGCUAAUGAUGAAAAUAACAAAGAAAAUAAUGUAAAUAAUAUGAAUGAAAUAGUAAACAAAGUUGAAAAAUUAGAAAUUACAAAAAAGAAAAUUACUACUAGAAAACAAUCGGCUGAACAACAAAAACAAUUAAAUGAUAUAAAUGUAAAUAAUAGUAACAACAACAAUAAAAAAGUAUCAUUUAAUCCAGUAAAUCAAAUUGGUUUCAUUGAAAGAAAAGAAAAAAAUCAAUUUAAAUAUUAUAUCAAUACAAAUCAAAAUAGUCCAAUUAAAAAUGAAUCACCAUUGAAAAUUAUAAAUAAUCAACUAUAUAAUAUUUUUGAUUGUAAAGAAGAGGAAGAAGAGGAAUUUGAUACUGACACAAUGUCAAAACCAGAAUUAAAAGAUGCAUUAGAGAAAAAUGGUCUCCCAACUGAAGGUGAUAAACAAGUAUUAAAGAAAAGAUUAGAACAAUUUAUUAUUGAAACUUUAAAUAAAUCACAAAUUGAUACUGAUAAAAAUAAUAAUGAAGGUACUGAUGAUGAUAAUAAUAAUAAUAAUAAUAAUAAUAAUAAUAAUAAUAAUAAUAAUAAUAAUAACCCUACAAAAGAAAAUAAUGAUGACUGGAUUAGAUGGACACCACUAAAAGCAAAAUAUAAUAAACAAAAACCAACAAUUAAUGAUUCAGAUUAUGAUGAAAUAGAAAAUAAUAAUAACAAUAAUAAUAAUAAACAACCAACUAUUAAAACUAUAAAGAGUAAACCAAAGCCAAAUAAAAAAUUAAAUUCCAAUAAUAAUGGUAACAAAAAUAAUAAUAAUAAUAACAAUAAUAAUAAUAAUAAAAAUAAAAAAAAAGUGGAUAGUGAUGAUGAUGAUGAUGAUGAUUAUCAAAUUAAUAGUAGUAGUGAAGAAGAGGAUAAUCAUCAACAAGUAAUGAAUUCUCAGCAAUUAUUCAAUGCAUUUCUUGAUGUUUCCAUCUCUAAUAAAAAAAAAAUCAGUCCAAAAUAA